AUGGCUAGACGUCCAGCUAGAUGUUACAGAUACCAAAAGAACAAACCAUUCCCAAAAUCUAGAUACAACAGAGCUGUUCCAGAUUCUAAAAUUCGUAUCUAUGAUUUAGGUAGAAAGAAGGCUACUGUUGAUGAAUUCCCAUUAUGUAUUCAUUUAGUUUCAAAUGAAUUAGAACAAUUAUCUUCAGAAGCUUUAGAAGCUGCUCGUAUUUGUGCAAACAAAUAUAUUACUAAAAUCUCUGGUCGUGAAUCUUUCCAUUUAAGAGUUCGUGUUCAUCCUUUCCAUGUUUUAAGAAUUAACAAGAUGUUGUCAUGUGCCGGUGCGGAUAGAUUACAACAAGGUAUGAGAGGUGCUUGGGGUAAACCACAUGGUUUAGCUGCUCGUGUUGAUAUUGGUCAAAUUAUUUUCUCUGUUAGAACUAAAGAUUCAAACAAAGAAGUUGCUAUUGAAGGUUUAAGAAGAGCUAGAUAUAAAUUCCCAGGUCAACAAAAAAUUAUUAUCUCUAAAAAAUGGGGUUUCACUAAUUUAAACAGAGCUGAAUAUGUUGAAAAAAGAAAUGCUGGUGAAGUUAAAGAUGAUGGUGCUUUUGUUAAAUUUUUAUCAAGAAAAGGUAAAUUAGAAGAAAACUUGAGACAAUUCCCAGAUUAUCAAUACCAAGCUUAA